AUGCGUCACUCAUUAUUGCUCAAACAUUCAUUCAAAGUUGUAAAUCUCGGUAAACAGUCAUACGCAAAGGGACUUGAAGAGCAGCAGAAAUUUCUUGAUUUGGUGAAGAAAGCAAAGGAGAAUGAGAGUGCCUUAAAUUAUAUAUUGGCAGUAGAGCACACACCCGUUUAUACUGUAGGCAUACGAUCUAAGCUUUAUUCACAAGAAGAGGAAAUUCGUCUGAAAGCCUUGGGUGCUGACUUCUACAGAACGUCACGAGGUGGUCUCAUAACAUUUCAUGGCCCAGGACAGCUGGUAAUGUAUCCCAUAUUUGACUUGAAACGUAUUGCUCCACGACCUGUUGGUGUUCGGCGAUAUGUCGAGAUGCUGGAACAGGAGUCAAUGGUCUUCAAAGGAUCACAAAAGGAUCUCUCACAUAACAUGAAUUAUCAAAUAGACUAG